AUGUUGCUCUUGGUUUAUCAACAGAGAAGUGGAAGUGGGGAGAGCAGCCAAGUGAAAGGUAACGUGCCAGGCAACAACUCUUCCCAGGGGACCCUGCCUGGCCCACAGCAGUGCAGUGUCUGUGCCAGGGUAAAAACUCCUACUACAUUUCUCACGGUGACUGGAGUUUAGUUUAAUGGGGAAUUCCACUGUUUGUUCACUUAGAAAAACAAAAUGGUAGUGCCUUCAGAAAGUAUUCACACCCCUUGACUUUUUCCACAUUGUGUUACAGCUUGAAUUUAAAUUGAGAUUGUGUCACUGAUCUACACACAACACCCCAUAAUAUAUCAAAGUGGAAUUAUGUUUUUAGAAAUGUUUACAAAUUAAUAAAUGAAGCUGAAAUGUCUUGAGUUAAUAAGUAUUCAACCCUUUUGUUGUGGCAAGCCUAAAUAAAUUCAGGAGUACAAAUGUGUUUAACAAGUCACAUAAAUUGCAUGGACUCACUGUGUGCAAUAAGUGUUUAACAUGAUUUAAAUGACUACCUCAUCUCUGUACCACACAAAUAAUUAUCUGUAAGGUCCCUCAGUCGAGCAAUGAAUUUCAAACAGAGUCAACCACAAAGACCAGGGAGGUUUUUCGAAUGGUUCGCAAAUAAGGGCACCUAUUGGUAGAUGGAUAAAAAUAAAAAAAAGCAGACAUUGAAUCCCUUUAAGCAUGGUGCAGUUAUUAAUUACACUUUGGAUUGUGUAUCAAUACACCCAGUCACUGCAAAGAUACAGGCGCCCUUCCUAACUCCGCUGCCGGAGAGGAAGGAAACCAGUCAGGGAUUUUAUCAUAAGGCCAAUGGUGAUUUUAAGACAGUUUAAUGGCUGUGAUAGGAGAUAACUGAGGAUGGGUCAUCAACAUUGUAGUUACUCCACAAUACAAACAUACAUGACCAAGUGAAAAGAGAGCCUGUACAGUAUAAAAAUAUUCCAAAACAUGCAUCCGGUUUGCGAUAAGGCACUAAAGUAAAACUGCAAAAAAAGUGGCAAAGAAAUUUAACUUUUUGUCCUAAAUACCAAGUGUUAUGUUUGGGGCAAAUCCAACAACACAUCACUGAGUACCACUCUUCAUAUUUUCAAACAUGGUGGUGGCUGCAUUAUGUUAUGGGUAUACUUUUCUUUAGCAAGGACUAGGGAUUUUUUUUUGGGGUGGGGGAUAAAAAAUAAACCGAAUAGAGCGAAGCACAGGCAAAAUCCUAGAGAAACUUGGUUCAGUCUGCUUUCCAACAGACACUGGGAGACAAAUUCACCUUUCAGCAGGACAAUUACCUACAACAAAAGGCCAAAUAUACAAUGGAGUUGCAUACCACAGACGACAUUGAAUGUUCCUGAGUGGUCUAGUUAAAGUUUAGGCGUGAAAAUCUAUGGCAAGACUUAAAUGGCUGUGUAGCAAUGAUCAACAACCAAUUUGAUAGAACUUGAAGUAUUACAAUUUUACAAUCCCGGUGUGCAAAGCUCUUAGAUUUACCUAGAAAGACUCACAUGUAAUCGCUAACAAAAGUGAUUCUAACAUGUAUUGACUCAAGGGGGUUGAAUACCUAUCUUUUAUUUUCCAUUAAUUAAAAAAUAUAUAAUUGUUCCACUUUGAAAGUAUUUUGUGUAGAUCGUGGACAAAAAUUUUUUGCCAUUAAAUCAAUUUUAAUCCCACUUUGUAACAAUGUGGGAAAAGUCAAGGGGUGUGAACACUUUCUGAAGGCACUGUAGAUCUCACUUAGUUGUAAGGGUUUGUUAUCACCAUCUGUUUAAUCUUGUGAAAUGUAUUUAUCACAAAAUCCAAUUCCUACAAAGGCCUUGUUGACUUUGCAACACUUGAAUCAUAAUCCAGUAUGCAGCAAGUAAUGUGGAGAAAAUAUUGCAGGUUAUGACUGAGGGUAACAGACAUUUAGUCCUUUCCCUUUUCUUUGUUAGGAGCAGGAGCUGGCGGAGCAGAGCCAGGCCUAUUUUCUCCAUAGUUAUGGAGUAGCAGGCGAUGCACCACCAGAGAUGGACGCCCCAAUCUUUCAGGCCUUACCUCCAGGGUUCCCACUGUAUGACAUCCGCAGGCAGUUUGUAGAUCGGGCAAAAAGGAUCGACACCAUAUCUAGGGCUGCGUUCCCUCUGAGUUUCCUCUGCUUCAAUGUUUUCUAUUGGCUCACCUACAAAGUGCUGCGGAAUGAAGCCAUCCAAGCUACUCUUUGA